UGGGUCGUCUGUCUGUCUCCUUGAGAGAGAGACAAGCAAACAAUGGAAGCAGUUUCAGCCCCAGGCCCGUCGCCCGCCACCGCCACCGCCACCGCCACCGCCGCCAGUGCGAAGGGGAAGAACAAGCGCUCGGAAGCAACAGCCAAGCCAAAGCAGGCGGCUGAUGCAACCACAGUGUCAGGCGCAACCACCGCGGCAACACACCAACCACCACCGCCCAAGAAGCCUUCGUCGUCUCUGCCGCGAUCGGUCGUCUCGCUGGAGGGGCUGUACGGGAGCGACUGUGGCUACUGCGACCAGAAGGGCAAGAUCGCACCCGACAGCAAGAACUACGGAGCUCAUGCACACCUAUUGCUCUGCGAUGACUAUCAAGCCAUGAUUGACUGCGGCUGGCGACGAUCUGGCAAGUUUUUAUACAAGCCUCAGCUCGAGAGUACGUGCUGCGUAUUAUACACAAUCCGAUGCGACGCAACCAACAUUGCGCUUCAUCACUCUCACAAAAAGCACAUCAAGCGCAUUGCAAAGUACUUGCGCACGGGCGUCGGCCUUGGCGAUCACACUGAUUCGGAUGGGGAGGAAGAGGGAGAAGCGGCCAAAGCCGACUCGUCCGACAUGAAUCAGCACGAACGCAAGCAGAGCGAGCUGUUUCAGGCCAAGAGCAUGUCUCUCAGUCCUGACACCACGUCAGAAACGACUGCAUCGGUCGCGGCCUCAAAUGACAGUCCUACACCAAGCACUGGAGCCGCUCCACAACCCGUCCCGCCAACACCGAUGGCGACCACGCUGGAAGACAUUUUGGCCGUGCGGGCCAGCAAAAAGGCACGAAACCAGCCCCGUUCUCUUGAAUCGCUGAUGAGUGAACUCACCGCUCCCGACAACAAGCACAAAUUGGAGGUCUCGCUUGUGCCUUCUUCCUUCUCAGAUGAAGAAUACGCCUUGUACCUCAAGUACCAAUCGACAAUCCACAAGGACCAUCCCACGCGCAGUUCCUACAAGCGAUUCUUGUGUGACUCGCCAUUGGUGCCUACAAUCACCCAGCCAGACUACACCACGUGCGUGCCACAGCCUUCGGUCGGUUACGGCUCUUUCCACCAGCAGUACCGAAUCGAUGGAGUUUUGGUGGCCGUGGGAGUGAUCGACCUUCUUCCGCACUGCCUGUCGUCCGUCUACUUUUUCUACGACCCCGUCUACGCCAAGCUCGGCCUCGGCGUCUUCUCUGCGCUGUAUGAGCAGUACACUAUUCGCCAGCUGGUUCGCACAACACCAUCAUUGCGGUACCAGUACCUCGGCUACUACCUGCACACUUGCCAAAAGAUGCGCUACAAGGGCCAGUACGCCCCGUCCGAACUCCAGUGCCCCGAGUCGUUUGAAUGGUUUCCCUUGGCGCAAUGCGUCCCGAAGCUCGAGGCAUCGCCGUACGCGCGGCUCAACCCGAUCCCUGGGGACAACCUCAUCGCCCGUGCCAAGAUAGCGACCGUCAAAUUGGCCGGAUUGCAAGUGCAAAUAGGCCAAUCUCGCUAUGAGUUUGAGACACUCUUAAAAGCUGGCAUUCUCCCGGUAGACUUGAUUCGCCUCAUCAAGCAUUUCGCCGUGCUUGUCUCCCCGCAGCAGAUGACUGAUCGCUUUGUCUUGUUCGUCAACGCAAGGUAGUUUUGUGGCCAGUCGUUUCGCUUUGGUUAUUUCCCCCCCGCCUCCCUUUUCGAUGUGUCCAUUAUCUGCGUCGCGCCUGAAUAAACAACACUAUUCCAACAUGA